CCACAAAUUACAAAAUAUGAUUGUCUAUUUCAUGUAAACUGCAACUACAUGUAGAUAUACUCUUUUACCUUUGUUAGGUUAUCAAAUGCUACGCUGUAAGUUAAGGUGCACAAAAGCUAAUGGCCGCAUAACCGACAACUCCCACUACCACUGCUGUCUAUGUGGAAGGGUUCUUGUGAGGAAGGUUCACCUUUACUGCCAUCUGCAAGCCCAUUCAGUUGGAAGCAUGCGUGAAAUUGACGAGAUGCUGGAUGCAAAAGAUGAAGCAGAAGAAGGGCCUUUAGAGGAUUCUGAAAUGGAUGAUGAUGAUGAUAAUGACACUACCCUAGACACGUCACAAAUUGCCACACUGGACGGCUCAGACCAAGAUAAUGUGGUAGCUUUAUCUGAUGGCACCCAGGUAACAUUUCACAGUAUUUCCAUAAAUAUGCACCCUCCUUCCAGGAGAAUGCAAGGCAGACUUCUUUGUGAGCUUGGUCUUCACAAAAUGUUAACAACUAUGUUGACUAAAUUACGCAGUCUGAAAAAUAAUGAUGCUGCACAUACCCACAUCACAAGGCUAAUCAGUGAAUUACCAUUUUUCCAUGUACCUGUUGUAGGUUAUCAAAUGCUAAGAUGUAAGCUUGGUUGUUCUCGUCCAAGUGGAACCAAAGUCUUUAAUUCACAUUAUCACUGUUGCAUUUGUGGUGCAAUCUGUAUCAGGAAGUCAGGAGUUUAUGAGCACAUGCGCGUCAACCACUCUGUGCAACCCAUAAGCAAGGAGAGCCUCUCACAACUGCCACAAAAUCAGAGAAUAAAGUUUGAGGCACCAUCAAAACCAGUGGUAGUCCAAGUCCCCCCAGUCCCAUCAGGACCUACAGGAGCUGAAACUCAGCAAAUCCAGGCUACCCAAGCCCAGACCCCGGCGAGUCAAGGUGUGGUUACAGGGGCCAGUGCCAGUCCACAGACAGUGACAGUUCAGAUUCCACAGCAAGGUUACACAGAUGGACAGGGGCAGGGGCAGGGACAACAGCAAGUUGUAAUACUAAUGCCACAGCAGAUCACUCAAAAUCAGCUCCAAGCUCAAGUGCAAGCCCAACAGCCUAUUGUUAUAGUCAUGCCCCAGUCUGGUGGGGGCCAAGUGGCACAACCUAUUGUUGUGCCAAUGCCUCAGGCCCCCAGCAACUGAAUCUGGCUGUGUUGCAGACUGAAUAUGUUGAUAUAAAUAUGAUAAACAUAACUGUAUGGCUUUGCCUCCAUUCCCAUUAU